ACACGUACGUGCUGUCGUGUACGGGCAGGUGUGGCGCAUAUAGAGGUGUGCGUGUUGACGUUGCUGUGUGGCUGAUGUGUUUACGUGUGUUUCGGUCGUAGAUAUAUUGAUGCGCAUGAUCAUGCAGUAAGGCUGUAAAGGUGUAGUAAGCACGCGCACGGGGCAUCACGAUGGUUGCCAGGCAGCUACAGAAAGACACGGGAUGGGCGUGGCUGGUCAUGUUCGUCUCCGUCGUCAACCAGAUCUUCACGCUCGGCUUUUCCUUCGUCAUUAGCAUCUAUUACAUGCCGUGGCUAGAGAGCUUCCACGAGAGCCGCUCGCUGACGGCCUGGGUCGGCUCCAUAAAUACAGGAAUGCUCUAUUUUAUAGGUCCAAUUGCCACGAUGACCAUAGUACGAUUUGGCACUCGAAAGACCGUGAUGGGUGCCAAUGCUCUCGCAGCCUUUGGAAUGGCAGUGGGAAGUCAAUCUCCGAACAUAUAUGUCCUGAUUCUUACUUGUGGGAUCCUAUCAGGCGCUGCGAUGGGAAUCUCCUUCGUCGCCGGCUUCGCAAUCGUCGGCGAGUACUUCCACAAGUGGCGCCAUCUUGCGUUUGCCGUGACGUCGGUCGGCGUCGGGGUGGCGCCACUGCUGCUCGCGCCGCUGCAGCAGUUGCUCAUCAACGCGUACACGUGGCGCGGCGCGAUGCUAGUCAGCGCCGGACUCCUGCUUAACGGAUGCGUCGUCGGCGCUGUGAUGCGAGACCCGCCCCACGCCGCCGCGCCGUCGUCGUCGUCGCCGCCUCCGCGCGGCGUCGCGGCGAGCGUCUGCGACAUGGAGCUGUUCCGCGACCCGUGCUUCUACCUGCUGUGCCUGUGUAACUUCCUGCACGGCUUCGGCAACAGUCCCGUGCUCGUGCUAUUCUGCGACCACCUCGCGACGCAGGGCUACGGCGCCAACGACGUCGCGUGGCUGUUCAGCCUCUGGGGCGUGAUGAACACGAUCGGGCGGCCGCUCGCAGGCGCCGUCUGCCAGCUGAAGUCGCUGCGCAACAGCAGCGUUUACUUGUUCUACGCGGCCGUGAUGCUGUCGGGCGGCUUUGCACUGCUCAUCGGCAGCACGGGUCAGUCGCACGCGUUCUACGUCGCCAGCAUCUGCGGCUACGGCUUCUUCUUCGGUGCGACGUUCGGAAACUGGGGCAACGUUAUGCUGGACCUGUUCGGCCAGUCGAAGCUCGUCGCGGUCACGGGAUGGUCUCUUGUCUCGAUGGGCACAUCGUACUUCAUCGGCGCGCCCGUGGGAGGCCAUCUCGCUGAUCUGCAAGGCACUUUCUCCGUCGCUUUUUACAUGGGCGGAGCUGUCACGGUCGCAGCUGGUCUCACCAUGGUGUUUGUGCCGAUUCUACUGACAGAUAAAAUCAGGCCACACACAAAACAGCAAAUGUUCACGAAACGAUAUCUGAACGAGAGCAAUGGCGGAAGACUAGAUGAGAGCUCAACUAGCAUGCGGCAAUGGGUCGUUAACGUAGAUGGACACAUGGUCAGCGAGGCCUGCACCGAAGAGUUUCUACGGGGCGGUAGCGCUCUGUGAGUGCUACCUGGUGGGCACUGCAUUCUUACGUACGACAAAUUUUUAUAAUUUUCCACAAUGAAGAUCAUAACUUGCCUUGAUGAACCCUAUGGAUUAAUGUCAUAAGGACUUUUAAACAUUUUUCUCUAUUUUUUUACAUUGUGUGCACUGAGAGGAUGUAUGAGUUAACUAUACAAGAUCUUUAACCGGCAAGCCAAGAACAAUAACAUUUGACCGUCCUUUUCCAUCUUCGAUAUUUUUACCGAGCAUGUGAACGUGUUUACAUCCAUUGGGUUUCUGCCAGCGUGUAGCUGUAAUAACGUGUCUGUAUAGUUUACUGUAAUAGAAGUGCUGGUGUCCCCUUUUUGAUCAUUAACUGUGGAACGAACCUUCAAGGUGGGAGUGAAAGAUAAGUCCGAACCAUGGUUUGUGAAUCUCGCGAGGGUGGAAGGAGAGUGCACUGGGUGACAGCCAAAUGCAGGUACACUGGUAUGUUGCUUUGCAGACCAAGGGUAACGAUAGCUACACGUGUGUAGGCAAUCAACAAGCGUGCCAACCCACAUUUCUCUCUUUAUACCACUGUUUAACCCUUUCCCCCUUUUUAACGCUGUUUUAAAUUUUCUCCAUCUUGUUGCAUUCUAGUGCUUGGUUGUACUGCCUGACUUUCCUGCUACGCUCGAUCGCGGUGGUUAGAGCUUCUACAUAGUCAAUGUCGUUACUUCUCGCCAGGACGAUCUAUCUCACGAACUAUGUAACGACAGCUAUGUAGGGCUGGCUAGGCAGGUUAGCUGCAAAAACAGGCUAUGCAGGUGUGGCUAGUCAGAUUGCCUGCCAGCUGUCACUCUGAUAUCAAUCUGACUUGUGAUGAGAAAACCUACAACAAUUAGAAGGUCACACUGAAGUAGGUUUUGCACAUGUAAUUAUUAAGAAAUGGUUUUAUGACUCGUGUAUCAGGCUAUAUUAAUACGACUUUGAGGAAUGCAACGUCGAUGCUCAAAGUUAUACAAAUAUCCCCUGAUGUUGCCUUACUCGACAUAUAGAUCUAAACUUGCAUCUAUUAAAGGCAACCGAGUGUGUAUCGAUUGCUCAUAAAUGAACCAUGUGUUGCUAAACACUAUGUUUAUUGCAUCAGGUGCAAAUGUUCGUAAAUAAUUUACCGUAUAUAUAUGAUACAAAGCUUUCUAGUGAAAAUUACCUGCCCACACAUGAAGCCACGAAAGAUACACUAUCAAUAUUUGCCUUUUGACUUUGUUGAUUUUACUACUACAACCAGAUGCUUUCUAUACUAUGGUGAGGAUAAAGCCUCUAAAUAGAAGGUAUUUGCAAUGACGACGAUUUUUCAUGUGAAACCGUUUGAGUUGAUGAUCAGGCGAUGUGUGAGAGAUGUCCCUUACUUGCAGUGUUAUUUAGUGAGCAAUUCUAUUCUAAUAUUACAGCGGAGGAAAUCAUGGCUGGCUGCACAUGGUACGUGUGUGUGUGCAGGCAGAUGGAACCUAUUGAAUGGAAAAUAAUCUAUGACAGUCUCAAGAUAUAUCUGCGCACUAACAUACAUAAAAUCAUCGGUUGCAAUGUAAUUUUUAGCUUAGUCAUGGUCAUCGAAAGAACUCCAUAAUGCAAACUUGACGUGUGCAUAUAUAUAUCUACAACUAGCUGUGAUCAGAAUUUCAAUUAUAAUUACGUAGAGCCGGUCGCAACAACUUUAUGGUGGGGUGAACUGUAAUGAAUGUUGGUAGGGUAAAAUGUACAGUCGUAUGUAGAUGCAUGCAAGUCACAAUAUACAUGUGUGUGUGCGCGCGUGCGUGCAUGCGCGCGCAUGUGCAAUGUGCAUAUACGUGGCACUGUGCUUGUGCGUAUAUGUGCGUGUACGCGAGCAUACUCUCUGAGCACAAACACGCAUGCACGCACGCACGCACGCACGCACGCAUACCCACACACACAAUGUGUGAGAUUGUAUCAUGGUACGUCAGUUUCGGCUACAACAGGAAAAUCAAUAUUGUCGCCUGCAUACCGCAGGUAGGUGCGUGUGCGCACCUACUACAGUAGAUUGUAAUGUCAGGGAACCGAUCCAUACUUAUCCGAUCCAUUCCGAUGCAAAUUGCAAUGGCUAAUUUGCUAUAAGCAUACCCCAAGCAAUAAACCUCAUGUCUAUACCUGCUAUACCUCUACUACCUGCGCACGCACAGAUGUAUAAGGUUAUCCGCACGAUCGGGAACGUGCGCAUUGCCAUUACACGCGCAAAGAUAAGCACUACGUCACGGCAGGAACACAACCUGUCCCCAUGAUGCCAUAAAGAACACUAGACAGAGUGCACUCACGGAGUGCAUACCUCCGCCAGCGACAUUAUGCCGUACUACGACUGACGAACA